CUAUCUUUUCUGUAGCCACAGUGGAACUUUACGAUUCAUUGUGGUUAGAAACAUGGGGACUACACAGGUUUUAGUGGGGGUCAUAUGUUUGCUAUUUUCACAAUGUUCUGGCUUCUUCAAUCCCGCCAUGAAACAUUCCCUCGCACAAUCCAUCAGCCAAUCCGUUUCAAAAGCAGUUGCUAACAACCAAAAUCAGAUGUUGGUAGCUAAUGUUGCAAACGUUGGCUCUAUGAUCGGAACACAAAACAAUGGCCCAGUACAGAACUUUAACGCCAGAAAACCUGCACCACAACAGCCAAGUUUACCGGCAGGAAUCAGUUCGUCGUUCGCUAGCAGAUUUUCUGGUGGCCAGCAAACUCAACAGAGUCAUAAUUCUUACCACACCUCUUUGUCUGCAUCUGCUAGCCAACAGCAGCAACAAGUUAAUGAGUAUCGUAAGCUCUUUGGAAUGCUUGCUUCUUUGACCCACAACCAGCAUCAACAGCAUUCACAUUCUGGAAAUGUGAUGAAAGCAGAAGCAAUCCUGAAUAAGAUGCUUGGAAAGUCCAUCAGCAUGAAAGCCACAAACUCUUACUCCUCGCCAGCUCAAAUGACUUCUCGUAUUCAACUUAUCCAGAAUAUGAUUGUUGAACUUAUGAACUACAGAAAACAGUUAGGCAGUGCAAAAGCCAAGAAAAAUCCAUUGACAGUAUUCAUGAGGAGCUACGAUCUACAAAAGAAAGGAAUGUUGGAGGCCUUCUUGAACCUUGUUCGUAAUCAUCAGGUACAGCAAGCCGUCGUUGAUAACUCGGUAUACAGACGUGUUAGCUCUUCAAACAAGAAUUCUCACAACACGAUUGUUUUCGCAAAGAAUGCCAACGUACAUUCUCCAGUUCAAACUCAGCACAAUGCCCCGAUGUACCCAGGAGCACCAAAAACAACAACAACUACAACAACAACACCAGAACCGACAACAACAACAACCACACCAGCCCCAACCACAACAACGCCACCUCCUCCUCCACCACCGAAGUACCAACCUCCACCAAAAUAUCAACCUCCUCCUCAAUACCAACCUCAACCAUACUACCCACCGCAGUAUGUUAACCAACACCAGACAAUAAACAAUAACGUCAACGUCAACAACAAUGGAGGAGCUAAUGCAAUGAACGCUCACGUAAAUAUUGGUAAUAAUCAGAAUCAGCAUGCAGGCGGUCAAGGUGGAUUUUAUCAAGGACCCCCACCACAAGGACCUCCCCCAAAAGCACCAACUCCUCAAGGACAUUGGCAACCAGCACCAGGGCAGCCUAACCAGUUCCAGGGACUUAAUAACAAUGUAAAUGUUAACAACAACGGAAGAGGUCCAGCUAAUUUUAAUGUUGGAAUACAAAACAACCAAAAUCAGCAUGCUGCCGGAGGUGGAUACUAUGGAGGAAGCCAUGGAGCUGCUCAACAAGGUGGACAUACCCAGCAAGGUGCUUACAUGCAAGGUGGUCAUGGUAACGCUCGAGGCGGACAAGGUGGUCACGGUGGUGCUCAGGGUGGUUAUGGUGGACAGCAAGGCGGCCAACAGGGAGGACACGGUGGUCAACAAGGAGGUCACGGUGGUGCUCAAGGCGGACAUGGUGGACAGCAAGGAGGUCAUCAUGGUGGUGCCCAGGGUGGUUAUGCUAGUGCUCAUGGAAGGUAUGGUGGACAACAAGCAGGUCAACAAGGUGGUCAUGGCGGUCAGUAUGGUGGUCAGCAAGGAGGCCAGCAAGGCGGUCAACAGGGCGGUCAUGGUGGUCAACAGGGCGGUUAUGGUGGUCAUCAAGGCGGACACGGUGGCCAGCAAGGCGGACACGGUGGCCAGCAAGGCGGACACGGUGGUCAGCAAGGAGGACACGGUGGUCAACAAGGUGGUCAACAGGGCGGUCAUGGUGGUCAACAAGGUGGUCAACAGGGCGGUCAUGGUGGCCAACAGGGUGGUUAUGGUGGUCAUCAAGGCGGUCAGGGUGGUCAGCAAGGCGGACACGGUGGUCAGCAAGGUGGUCAACAGGGUGGUUAUGGUGGUCAACAAGGAGGACAAGGUGGACAUGGUGGUCAACAAGGAGGACAAGGUGGACAUGGUGGUCAACAAGGAGGACAGGGCGGCUCUCAAGGUAGUCAAUUUGGAGCUCAUUGGAAAGGAGUUUUCGGGCAGCAAGGAGGAACUGGUGCAAAACAGGCUGGUGCUUAUAGUGGUGCUCAAGCUAGACAAGGGGGUGCACAACAAGGCGGUCAACAAGGUGGUCGUGGUGGAGGUGCUGCUGGUGGAUUUACGAACAUGCAUGUUGACAUUAUGAAUAAUCAAAAUCAGUACAGUGCGGGAAACGCAAAUCAAUACCAAGGACUAAAUAACAAUGUCAACUUAAAUAACAACGCUGGUCCACGUUCCCGUAAUCCGAUGGGACAGCCUAAAAUGCCAAAAGCUCCAAAAGGUCGGUCCAACGGUGGUGGUGCAGGUGCUUAUCAGGGUGGAUAUGGAAACAAUCAAGGAAUGAACAACAACCUCAACAUUAAUUUAAAGGUACCAAGACCACCAAAACAGUCAGGUCCUGCAGGUGGUAGUCCAGCAAAAAAUCCCAAAAAGACACAUAUUUACAUCAACUUUCACGCUCCAAUUGACAAUGGAUUCUAUCCUUCCCUGAAUGCUGGUGUUGGUCCUCGACCAAAGUCUCCUGGAGGAGCAACCCCAAAGAAAGGACCAAGACCAAAAGGGCCUAAAGGUGGUUCCCCUAAGAAAGGACCCAAGAAAGGACCAAAGAAAGGUGCUGGACCAACUCCUAAAAAGGGACCUAGACCUAAAUCCCCUUCACCCAAAGCUAAAGGACCAAAGAAAGGACCUCGACCUCCAAAAGGUGGACCACAGCCGAAAAGCGGAGCACCCCAGCCCAAAAGUGGUCCAACAGGAAAAUAUACGAAAACAACAUUUCAUCAGCUCCAACAUGGAAAACUUCCAAUUAAUUUAGUAAUCAACAACAAUUUCCCACAAAAUAUGAUGAAUAUCCAUGGACACGGCAAUAACGCUGGAGCCACAGCUCUCCAUCAACCAAACAAUAACGCAGGAGGUCACCAAGGAGCUAGCUACAAUGGACAAAGUGCUCACACACAACAAUCACAAGGAGGUCAAGCAGGGGGACAAGGCCAGGGUCAACUGGGAGGUGGACAAGGUCAGGGUCAGCAGGGUGGAGGAUAUGGUCAAAGUCAACAGGCUGGUGGACAUGCUCAAAGUCAACAGGCUGGAGGACACGCACAGUAUAGUUCACAGUACAGUGCACAGUACAACACUCACACCAAAUUACAUGAAACUGUCUUACCUAAAAACAAAGUCAAAAUAGUUGGUAACAGAAACAAGGUUCGCACCUUCGCUGGUUUAGAGAACCAGCUUCAAAAUCUCCCUCAUGGCUCGACAGUGAAAGGUGCACAAAGUGGACAAGGACAAUCACAACAAGGUCCAUCAGCUUUGGUAAACGUACAUAUGCAACAACUUUUGCAACUUCUUACUGGUCAAGGUGGUCAAGGCGGUAGUCAAGGAGGAAGUCAAGGCGGUAGUCAAGGAGGAAGUCAAGGCGGCAGUCAAAGUGGCAGUCAGGGUGGCAGUCAAGGUGGCAGUCAGGGUGGCAGUCAAGGAGGCAGUCAGGGUGGCAGUCAAGGAGGCAGCCAAGGUAGUGCUUACGACAUUUAUGCCCAACAACAACAAGCUCUUCAGAUGCAAAGCGGAAGUCAAGGUGGAAGUCAAGGAGGCAGCCAGGGCGGAAGUCAAGGAGGAAGUCAAGGUGGCAGCCAGGGUGGAAGUCAAGGUGGCAGUCAAGGAGGUUCCCAAGGCAGUGCUUACGAUAUUUACGCUCAACAACAACAAGGUCUGCAAAUGCAAGCUGGUCAGCCAAGUGCACCAUACGAGCCUUAUGCACAAGGUGGUCAGGGAGGGCAGCAACAUGGUGGUUAUCAACAAGGAGGUCAACAAGGUGGACAACAGGGUGGUCAGCAAAGCAUUAUGAUGUCUCAAAUUAUGGAACUAGCUCAACAGGUGCUUGCUGGAGGACAAGGCAAUCUCCCGCCAUCUACACAACAGAUGUUAGACAUGGUCAUUGCUCAAGGACAAUCAGGACAUGGAAUCCCCCCAGAUCAGAUUAACGUGCUUAUUGAGAUGCUAACCCAACAAUUACAAAGCGCUAGUUUCCUCGACCUGGGCGCCCAAGCAGGAGCUCAGGCUUCAUCUUCAUCAUAUGCAGCAUCAAGCAGCCAACACGCCUCAUCUCAACAGAGUAGUUACUCUGCCGGGCAGCAGCAUCAUCAAGCUGGUGGAUAUGCAGCAGGUCAGAGCCAGGGAAUGCAAUUCAUUGACCCUGUCACUAAUAACGCUGUUCCACCUGUGGACUUCCUCGGGUCUCUUCCGAAAAUGGCUCUUUACGAAUCCGGAUCAGUUGUAGUAUCCAAAUCCAAAAAGCCUUAAAUCAGGGAUAAAGACUUGAUUAACUAAUGUAAGUCGCCCAUGAUCUUGGAAACCAAAUCUACAGUCUUUCGUUGAUUUCUUUUCGAUUAAACUGGUUUUCAAUGAGCAUGGUUGACAAAAUUUUGGGGUCUUGUUGAAACAGUACGUCCUGAGGAAAUUCGAACUAGCAAUGUAUGGUUCAGGGAUUAUUUGGGCGCACUUGACCGCACCGGAGACAGUAUUAUUUGACAGUUAAUUCUGCAUGUAAUUUGUUAUGUUAAUUUAAAAUGACACUGUGAUUCUACGUGUGCGAAAGGCGAGAGAAAGAAUAUUUAUUUUGUUAUGAGUGUUGUUAGAAUUUAUUUAUUGUGAUGACAAGUGAAAUCCGUUUGUCUCACUGUUAUGUCAAUAAAAAAUGAAAAUAUU